AUUACAACUUUGUUUAGAAAUGCAGUUGCCAUACAGUUAAAAUGUAAAGAGUCCUCGAUUUUCUCAAAGAAAUAUAAAGGUUGAGAACGACAAUGUUGAAUAAUCUUUCAGAAAUCGAAGAACUAGCCGAAGAAAUAUUAGCUGACAAAGAACAGGUAAAACAUCUUGAUCAUCGAAGAAACACAAAUCGAGAAGCCUUGAAUGCAUUAAAGAAACACAAAAAAUCGGAUGACUCAAGCAAAAAAUCCUGGUUAUGUUUGGGUGGUAUGUUCAUGAAAUACCCUACAACAGACAUAUCUGAUAUGCUCAUGAAAGAUCAGAAAGAAUUGGACUCGGAAAUACAGAAAAUCCGAGAUUGCUUGAAAGCGAAAGUGUCGAAAUUGCAUCAGUUAGAAGGUUCGUGGCCUGUCUUUCAAUUUUGUCAGAUUUUUUAUCCGCAUUUUAAUGGCAUCGUAUUUUCAGGUGAAAAAGUACCGAAAGGUUUCGAUCUCACUGCACUCGAUAAAGACGAACUUGCCGCCUUCACAGCGUCCAAUCGCUGACUUGGAAGCGCUAAUUGUUGUCCCCCACGUAUUCCUAAAACAAUCGUCAACCUUUAAAGUGCCUAUAUCAGGGUUCAACAAAAUAACUUCUUUUAAUAAUCAAAUCAAUUUUGAAAUAUUUGUAAGGUAUUUUAUACGUCGAAAAUUUCAUCUUCGUGGGCUUUUUGGGCAUAGAAGUAGGUGACAUUGCGCCGGAUGUGACGUAUAAAGAAGAAAAAUAGUUUUAUAUUACUUUUAAACGUUUUCUUUGAUUAUUCGCUCAAACGAUGUCUUCAAACUAUACACCCGUGUGGUAUUUUUGUAGUUCAAGAAGAUUUACUAUAACAGGUUCAUUUAGUACAAUGAAAGCUAUAUCUUCAAUGCACGUGUUCUCCUUUUUACGUGUCACAUCCGGUGUGGAGUCACCGAGGCAAAAUUUUCGUCCUAUCAAAUAUGACAUGAUCUACAGUCAAGGCAAAUUCUUUCCGAAAGAACUGGUUGCAAUUUGUAAUUGAGUGGCGUCAAGACGUUAAGGCCCGUUUCAAUAGUGUAUCUUUCGAUGCGAUGAACGCAUUAGACGAAAAAAAAAGGUAAUCAUGGUUCUAAA